CACUCAGCACUCACCAGUCAGGCGCGGACCGCGAGCAAGCGUGCAUCUGGAGCGAGCACUGCUGCUGUUAACGCGCGCCGCCUGCACAAUCUCACUGCAUCAUUUAUCUCGGUUCGGUUUGAUGAGUAAAACGCCGUAGUGAACGCAGGCUCGGACGAUGAGCGAGAUGCAGACGCGGGGCACUGUCCUCCUCGAGGAAACCUUCUAUAUUUUCAACAAGAAGAAGACCGUCUACAGAGUCAAACUCACCGAGAAAGGACUCAGCCUGCAGAAGGAGAGCAAUGGUAACUCCAAGAGCGAGACCAUCCAGCUGGACGACAUUGUCGGCUGCCGGUGCAUGCGUCGCAAGAGACGCAAGUCAGAGUCGUGUGUGUGCCGUCCGAUGACGCCCGGACGCAAGAGCGGAUUGUCCGUCGUUGAGGAAAACUCGACCGAACAAGACGAGAACGACUCGAGUGUGUACCUCUACAUCUACUCCUACCUGCUGAAGAAAGGCAGAGGCGUCAAGUCGUCGACGCUCAAGAGAGACAAGAUGACCAUCACUUUGAGGUUCAGGUCGUUCGACCACCUCGAGGAUAACAUGCGAGAGGCCCAAAGAUGGCGAGUGGCCAUCAAAUACUUGGUCAGAAACAAGCCGGUGCCACCGGCUGUGCUCAUGCCGAGAGACCAUCUAGACCAAGACUACAUGGCAGAAAUUCCAAACAGUGGCGAAGACCGUCGUUUGCUUGUGUUCGUGAACCCAAAAAGCGGUUCUGGCAAGGCCAAGGAAAUGUUCGAGCGGCGCGUGGUGCCGCUGCUGAUUGACGCCGAACUGCCCUACGACCUGCACCUGACGUCGGGCCCUAACGACGCCCGCCGCUUCGUCCGACAGAGACAUGACCUCACGUCCACCUACUCAGACAUUGUCAUCGUUUCUGGCGACGGACUCAUGUUUGAAGUGAUCAACGGACUUCUCGAGAGGCCAGAUUGGGGAGAAGCUUGUCAACUGGGUCUCGGCAUCAUCCCCGGCGGCUCUGGAAAUGGAUUGGCCAAGUCGGUCAGCUUUGCGCAAGGAGAGCCAUAUAGUCAGAAUCCAGUGCUGGUGUCCGCCCUGAACGUGGUCAAAGGCCACAAGGCACCGAUGGACUUGAUCAGGGUCGAAACCAAGUCCCUUGUGCCUGACAGCCCAUCUAAGAUCCUUUACUCGUUCCUAUCAAUUGGCUGGGGUUUGAUUUCCGAUAUCGACAUCGAGAGCGAAAGACUGAGGUCAAUCGGCGGCCAGAGGUUCACGAUCUGGAGUCUGGCUAGGCUUGUUGGACUACGCACAUAUCGAGGCCGUCUGUCGUACUGCAUAGCGCCAGGCUACAGGUCAGCUGGCAAUGGACCACUGCUCCGGCGCAGCACCAGUGAAACUGAAGCCAUCAAUAACCUGAGCAAUGGGCAGAACAACGGCUUCAAUGGCAACCUCCGUAGCCAAAGCUGCCACGAGGACCUGAGCGCACCGCUGUCGCUCCCCUCCGACAGGUCGCCUGCGCCAAGGAUGCGCCUGAAUUCAACAGCUUCCUCGAUUUCUGAGGAAUUUUCUGUACUCGAGUAUGAGAUUGAUGGUGAGGUUCUGGGCGAGACCGCUGGUCCGGAGAACAUCAAUCCGAAUGGCAGCAGACUGCGACUGGACAGCUUCUACUCGGCCAAGUCGAGAAGCAGCGCCUUCUACUCGGUGGCGGCUAGCUCAUAUCACUCGCUUACCUUACCAGAUGACGAUCAGUCGCCAGACGCAGUUUGCAUGUAUGGUCCAGCCUCCAGACUGCCAGCCCUCACACAGCCAGUGCCCUCCAGCUGGACUGUCAUUGAUGGUGAUUUUGUAAUGGUCCACGCUAAUUAUCAAUCCCAUAUCGGAAGCGACUGCUACAUUGCACCCGACGCCAGGCCAGACGACGGUGUUAUCUGGUUAGCGGUCAUAAGGGCUGGAGCCACUAGAAGCCAGUUGCUGCAGUUCCUCCUUGGGGUCUCUUCCGGCUCGCAUAUCCAUAUGCCCAUCGUGCAAAUGAUUCCUGUGACUGCAUUCCGUCUUGAGCCUGAGAGUGUCAAAAGCACAGGCCACAUCACUGUUGAUGGAGAACUUGUAGAUUACGGGCCCAUCCAGGCAGAGGUGAUGCCAGGCAUGGCCCGCGUACUCACCAGAUAGGCAUUAUUUUUUCUGUAUUGAGAGAGUUGCAAUCUUUUCUGUUCCAGCAUUAUUUUGCUCAAAAUCCUGCCAAAAUUAAAACUAGAGAGCAUGGUGCGUGUAUUAUAACAUACAUAUACUUAUUGCACCUUAAUGUGGUUCUUAUCUGGUGCUAACGAUGCUGAUAUCAUGUACUUGUGUGUGGUGAAUUUUAUCAAGCACAUACUGUUUUGUCUUUUUGUGUUACUGUUUUGGAAAUGAUAUUUUUGAGAAGAGUCAUUCCUUCGUAUUGUCAGUCAAUUUGAUAACAGUUGUUGUUAUUAGUCCCCCAUCUGCCAAAAAUUUGCAUUCCACUCUAUGAUUAGAGUUUGUAGGAACAUUGCAGUAUGUUGUAAAAUAUAGAAUGACGUACAAGUUCUAGCAACAACACUGCUACAGACCCAGUGCACCAUUGGAAGCUAGAGUGGUAGUUUGCAAACAUUCCAAGUCAUAUUUAGAAUUUUGAUUGCCUCAUAGAAUUGCUAGCACUUCAGAGUGAGAACAAUAUGCAGAUUUUAAAACGCUGUCAUCUUCCAUGCUGUGAAAUUAACUUAUGAUUCCUCUUCAGCAAAUGCUUUAUCAAAAGAUGUUAAGCAUUUUAUAACCAAAUUAAUGGAAGAAUGUGUAUUACAGCAAAUUUUAAACCUUCUCCUGUUGUGUUUUCUAGAGUUGCUUGCUUUGUUAAAGUUUUUUGGUUGCUACAAAUUUGAUUCUACUAAUAAAAACAUGAGCAAAAUUAA